ACUCUCUGCAGUCGCGCGGAUCGCGUUUAGCUCGCGUUGCGAUCACCUCCAUGCUUCGGGACGGAAACCGCUCGGGCGUUGAACCGGUACUUUGUUCAAAGUCGCUUGGGUUUUUUCUCGAAGGCUGGAGGGAAUUGUAAGUUUCCGUUUCGUCGAAGUUUCAAGCAUUCUUGCCGAAGUAGUUGAAGUAUCCCGAGUGAUUGAGUACUCUGCAAGAUGAAAUACACGUUGACAGUGUUGGCCGUUCUGGCAGUGUCGAAGACCCUGGCCUACAAAAUCCCUAGCACAGGCACGGGUACCCUCGCCAAUGAAUUGCAGGACUUCCUUGAUCUGCUACCAAAGUGCGACGUGAUAGAUCUCUCCAAAGCAUACGUGGCCAGGGACAAGGAAAUCCAGGCAAUGAAGAAGAUCAUAGACUCCGAGGAGUCGAAGGAAUACAUCCGAGACAUCUUGAAAUAUCCAGAAGUGAAACGCCUAUUGAAUUAUACGCAAGAGCGUGGCAUUGACACCAACGAAUUGCUCCAAAAAUUGAACGAAUCAUUCUACAUCGAGCCAAUCACCCCUUUCGCAACCUCCCGCAACAUAAGCAGCGGUAUUAACGGGUUCGUGAACAACGUUUUGGAGUUGGUGCCCGUGGAAAUGCUGCACUCUCUGUUCGAGGAGCGAAUGAGGACUUCCGCUGUGUUCUCCAGCUUUGUAAAGGAAUUAAUAUCGCCCAAACACCGAAACGUUUAUCGGUUAGCCAUGAUGGAUAAGCGUUUCUUAAACCUGGCAAUGAAAGCCGAGAAGGCUGGCAUCGACAACGAGACAUUCAUGAAAUACUAUUUUUGCUUUGUCGCGGGACGCCCUAUCAUGAAGUUCGUUCUGUCAGUACUGGCUGUUCUGGCCCUGGCCGGCUCCCUGAACGCCCGCGCUGUGCACGUCACAGUUCCAAGCACAGGCUCAGGUGCACUCGCCAAGGAAAUGCAGGACUUCAUGGACCUAAUACCAGUGGAUCGCGUGAUGGCGGUUCUCAGAGCCUACGCAGCCCAAGACAAAGAAUUCCAAACCGUCAUAAAACUCGUAGACUCCAAGGAAACGGUAAUGUACAUCGAAGAGCUUGAAGCCCACCCUGCGGCGAAGGAUCUAAUGAAGUACAUGCAGAACGCUGGACUCGACAUCUAUUUACUAGUAAACAAACUGAACGCGGCACUUGGAAUUGAAUCCAUCACUUCUUUUGCUUUCCACAAGAUCACAGGUGGACUUCGUGGUUUAGCGAUAGACCUCGAGGCUACAGUUCCAAUUAAACAGAUGGAGGAUUUGUUGGAGAGCAAAAUGGUGAAAUCCCCAGUAUUUGCCGCUUUCGUUAAAGAGGUAGGCUCUCCUAAAUACUUCGACUUGUAUGACAACGUUUAUACGAACCAACACGUGGUGCUGCGAAACACAAUCAAGAAUCCUUAUUCACUGAUCAACACUCCUGGGAAGUCUACAAUUUCCAAAAUGAAGUUCGCUCUGUCGUUACUGGCUGUUCUGGCCCUAGUCGGCUCCCUGAAAGCCUACAAAAUUCCAAGCACAGGCUCAGCUCUUCUCGCCAAAGAAUUUCAGGAUUUCUUGGAUCUGGUACCACAGGAUCGUGUGAUGGCCAUUCUUAGAGCCUACGCGGCACAAGACAAGCAGUUCCAAACUGUCAUGAAACUCGUGGACUCCCAGGAAACGAAACUGUACAUCCAAGAAGUGGAAGCAUACGCCCCGAUGAGGGAUCUAUUGGCGUACACACAGAGAGAUGGUCUCGACAUCUAUUUAAUGGUGAACAGACUGAACGCGGCUCUUAAACUUAAACCCUUCGUUCCUCUUGCUUCCCUGAAGAUCACUGGUGGACUUCGCGGUCUUUACAAAGACAUCGAGGCUGUGUUGCCUGUCCAAAAGAUGAAGGAUUUGUUCGAUUAUAAAAUGAAGAAACCGACAGAAUUGUUUUUCUUUAUGCACGAAUUGAUGUCUUCUAGAUACUUCAAAUUGGCCAAUUUUAUUCACACAAACCAACACUUGUUAAACAUAGCGCAGCAGGCCAAACAAGCUGGCAUCGAUAGUACCCUCAUUGAAAAGGACUACUUGUACUUUAUUAUUGCUAGAGUACUUCUGAACCAUUAAAUUCUAUUCCAGUUGU